AUGCAAAAGGACCCGGUCUUUGGAGUCUUUGGCGUCUUCAUCAAAAACACCUUCAUUGAGAUGGUGCCUGUUGUGGUCGAAGGUCCAGAAAUCCGACGAUCGCGAUCAGAACCCGAGUUGACGCCGCCAAGGCUUCAGCUGUCUGAGAAUGAGAUCGAGCCUGAUCCUGUGAACCAGAGUUUGUUUCAAAUAUGGCAAGCACAUCUUGCAAAUGCGUGUAAGCCUUGCAUCUUCAUCAAUCGCAAGGGCGACGGUUGCCGCAAGGGGAACUUGUGCUCACAUUGUCACUUCUGCACUCCUGCAGAAGCUAAACGGAGAAGGAACCGGUUGUGUGGAGAACGCCGGCAGGCAGCCAAUGUCUGA